AUGCGGUCCCGAUUAGACCUGCUGCGCCACGCAUUGUGCCUAUGUGUUCCUCAGCGCCGGAUCCACGCGAAGCAGAACGACAUCGAUAGGGGAGACCAUGCCACUGUUGCUCCACGCAACAUGGGGAGAGGCUUGCACAAACACGAAUGGCUGUGCCUGCAUCCUGUGGAGAAAUGGACAACGCUUGUCGACCUUGGGAGGCGUGCGCCAUUCUUGCUUGAGAUGCCUGCCCCAUCUACCACUACUGCUGCUUGUUCAACCACGGGCAGAGAAAGAGGAAGUGGGAAAGACAGAGGCGGUGGAUGGCGAUCAAAAGUGAAGACACUUGCCGCAGGUUUGCUCUUUUGGCGUUUUUCAAAGGUGAAUGCCGGGGCGAAGGCGUGCAACAGCGCAGUGGUGCGACUAUCGCCUGUGGCGUUGGAGCAACAUCGGUGUCUGGUGCACGAGCUCCCGUACUGUGUGCGACUGCGGUUGUGUUUGUCUUUUCUGAUGUGGAUUCGUUCUCUCCGUGAUAUCCAGGAUACUCUUGCGCGUCUACGACUGCCGUACGCCGACACACGUCGCGUGCAGCGCAGCGUUAUCGCUGAUGUGUUUCCUACGCGGAUGGCAGAGCGGUUUGUCGAUCCCUACACCACAGUGUCCGUCAAGAUGGACGCAGAUCUCAACGCCACUGCGGAGCAGGUGCCAGCGCCCCACGCAUGGCGUCCCGAAGGAGUCGAGGAAGAAGAAAGGGAACUGCGACAAAGCGUCCUGGGGAGCGGCAGCGGCAACGGCAACGGUCGCCAUGGCGGGCGUCCACAUGGGGGGCGGCGCUCUGCACAGAGCCCGAAGCAUUUGCUGCGUUCUGUACAAGAUCUGCAUGCGAGACCGAGCGAUGAUGACAAGUUGGCUUCGCGGGCAAAGAGGCGCAGCUACCGCUUGCUGCAGCAGACCCCAGCAUCCCACCUUGCACAGGCAACUCCACUGUCCCCUUCUGUGUCUCCGUCUCCGCCAACGCCAUCAUCAUCACCAUCAUCAUCAUCAUCAUCAAAAGUGUCAUGGGCGGUGAAAGAUGCACUUCGCAGCACUACUCCUUCCCCGUUGGCCACCGAUCACGAGGAGGACGAGCGGUACCACCACAACUAUUUACGCGGUGAGGGGUGCCCACUCGAUGAGAAUGGUCGGCUGACGAGCACACCAAUUCACAUCGCGGUGCCAAAUUUGGCAGACCUGGGUACUGUGACACGUUUCUGCGUUAUGGCGCAUACAGCGGUGCUGUCCUCACUCUUUGUGGAAGGACGUACGGUUUGCUUCACGACAAACCAUCCACUCGUGCUAAACUACAUAACAUUUCUUUUCGAUGAACUCAUUGAGGACGGUUGGAUGAGUGCUUCACCAUGUGAGGGUGACGCCCGCCCAUACAUGGCGGACUGGUCACUUUCGGAGGGUGUGCUGGUGGUGCUUCCACCCCGGGAAGGUAAGUCGUUUAGUACACGUGAGCUACGUGAUGCCGCUGGAUUGAUUCUGCAGUGUGCCCCGUGCUGCGUCCUUGUGGAGGCUGCGCAGAGUGACCAGCCAUCUCAUUACAGUAAGGCACUCAUGGAUGUGGUGGAGCGGCAGCAGGCAAAGGUUUCUACCCCACAGACAAAAGCUUUCUGGAAGGUAUCAUGGAUACCUGUAUCGCCGUCCACAACCAUCCGUGGUGUAAACGGACGCACAAAUGAUGCGAAGAGUGAAUUCCAGUCCGCUGUGAACGAAAUUCUGCGCCAGUUUUACAUGGUGACAUUCAUUUACACACCUUCAAACAGCAUGCUGACACCUCGGCAGGCGCAGGAUUGGUGGUGGAAUGGACUGCCUAGCAGUGUACAUGUUGUUGGCGUGAACAGUCACGCAGCGAAUCUGUUGUACUACUUUCCACAGGCACCUUUUCUGCUGAAGAAGAUCGGCAACGCGUUUCGUUACCGCGCAGUGCAGCGUGUGCUGCUCGGUAAGAAUGUUUAUGGAGGGAGAGAGGACUGUGUUCGUCAGUGGGCACACCGCUGGUUCUGCUGGGGCGGACUCUCUCGGACUGGCCUGCACUGCCACCUGGCAGUUGAGGAAAGAGCGCGACUGCUGUUGGGCAACCACUGCGGCGCCAGUGAUACUGAAGCGGUGGAUGCCCUGAAGUUGGAGCGAACAGUGGAUUACCUGGCAAAUCCUAGCAAGGUCACUUGGUUCGCUUUAAUGACAGCAAAGCUGUUUCGCGUGUAG